UGGUCUGGACCACAGAAUAGUCACUGAGUAGAGCUAAUAGAGUUAAUAGAGUUCCUGCGAGCUGUAAUCUCGCCAAGGGUAGCUUGAUGAGAACUCUCAUUAGCCAAAGAGCGGCACAGCGUACUUUCGAUGCGUUCGUUUCCUGCUUGGUGGUGGUAUCGUGGGUGUGCACCGUCUACUCGGGCCUUGCUGCGUCUCUGAAGCAUCUUGAGCGCACGUAAAGCAAUGCAGAAGGAAGCCGACAACGCUGUUAUACAGGAGAAGCUACGGGAGCUGGCGCACGUCAUUCAGCAGUGUCAGGAAGAGCGAAACCGGAGUGAGCAUAACCUGACCAACAUCACCAAGACCCACGAACGCAUCCAGCAGGAGCAGAAGCUGUCGCCCUACUACAAGUCCAAAUUGCGAGGACAGUACAAAACUGCACUGCAGGAUGCCGAGAGCGAGGAAGAGCUGCUUCGCAAGGCCCUGGACAUCAUCUUCGACAUCCGCACUGUCCGCAGUGAACGACGCAUUGCUGCCAAGAAUUCAGGCAGCGUAGGCAGACGGAGCACAUCUUUUUCAGAACGUCCCAAGGAGGCUCUGCGCCGAGGAGCCCUGAUGAAGAUGUUGCAGCAGAAUGCACUCACGCUGCCCUUGUUCAUUGGCAAGGAGGAUGAAAAGCCACCACCAUUGUGCGGAGCCAUUCCAGCCGAGCCCAACUACGUUGCCAAGGUUGGUGACAUGGUGGCAGCCUUGGCACGUGGUCCUGAUGAUGAUGAGAACUGGAUCUUAGCGGAAGUGCUCCAUUACAGUCAUGGCAGUGCCAAGUAUGAGGUAGACGAUAUUGACGAAGAACAGAAGGAGCGGCACACGCUCAGCCGUCGCAGAGUUGUUCCCCUACCGCUUCAGCGAGCCAAUCCCUUGACCGACCCAUCGGCACUGUUUUUGAAAGGAACACUCGUGAUGGCAUUGUAUCCACAGACUACCUGCUUUUAUCGAGCACUGGUUCAUGAGCCUCCCAGUGGUCCCCAAGACGACUAUCUCGUACUGUUUGAAGAUUCCUCAUACCCGGAAGGUUACUCACCACCUCUUGCAGUGGCACAACGUUAUGUCAUCUGCUGCAAAGAGAUGCGCAAGAAGUAGUGCACAGACUUUUAGCAUUUUUCAGAGGGCAGACAGUAAUUCUUACGGCUACAGUGGUUGCUCUAUGCUGCACAGUUGGAAUGCACAAAUCUCCAAGAGAUUCGAAGGGGUAAGUUGUACGUUGUGUCCUGCUGUAAAGGAAGAGAUCUAACAAAGUGAAGUUUAGUCAUGCUGGUGAAUGAAAUCUUGUAAAUUCCUUCACACCAAGUGCUGUUAAUGAGGUAUCAGCUGGGAUUCUGCUGAUGUCUGCUUGGCACUUGCCCCAUUCAUGAUUGCACACAUCUGUGUUACCUGCUCCAAUGUGCACAUCUUUUUCUGGGAAGUUCCACUGUGAUAGGUGGUGUCUAAGGUACUCCCACCAUUCUUGUGCAGGGGGAACAGAUGACAUGUUCUGGGCAUUUGAUUAGGAGGCUCUGAUGCAGUAAUAUUAAUCUUCUCAUUGUCAUUUGUCUGCCUUAUAAUUGAAGUCUGCUGAUGGAACACUUAAAGGCAUUUUAAAAUUUUCUUCAUUAAAACUGUUAGGGAGAACUCCACAGCUGUUUUCAUGAGGUGAUAAAGGUCAGUGUGCACAUAAUAAACAACACAGCUUACAUCCAAGCCCGGAAUAUUUGCUUUGUAAUGUAAUUAUCAAUGAUGAUAAAAUAAAAGUUACCUUACAAAUGUCUUCCUAAAA